GCUCUCGUAUAUAUAGAUCGUUCUCGGUUGACCAAUCCGAGGCUUAUCGGAUGCAACGUACGAAAAAGCAACAAAUCAUAACGCGCGAGCAAAUCUCAUCUCGCCGCGUGCCUCCAUUUCCGCGACUGAAUCUAAUCGUCGUCUAUGAAUCAAGCGAGAUCCAGCGAACACGCGACGUUAAUCGACACGCGGCUCUAAACGACACGAAACAAGAAACCGUCGGAUUUAUUAAAUUAGCGUUCCCAUGGUUACCCGGUGGUCAAGGAAAAUCGGCGUUCCGUAGAGACGAUCGAACUCGGAACUGUAGCGUCGCUUCGUCAAACCGGACACGUCGGAUCGAAGACUCGCGGCGAUCCUAACCUGCACGCGAUACACGCUAGUUCUCACGUGUCAAGAAACUGUUCGAGGAACGUGGAUCGAUGAGAAGUUUUUGUCGUUGAUCGUUCGAUUUAUCGGUUUAACGUUCUAUGGUCGAGCGUUCGAAGUCGACACAGAAGCCGGGCAAGUGUACGUAUAAUGGCUUACUCGUCGUCCCAGUUCGUUGUCAGACGUACCCGGUUCCAUUCGCGUCUAACUUUGACGAUGGAACUUCAUUAUUGAAGCGAGAUCUCGGUUGGUGGUUUGCAGUGGCUUGUGUUUGGACGAAUCUUUUCAUCUGUGUACAAAGUCCUGUUAUUUGGAUUUAAUUCAUUCACAAAAAUAUCCAAAGAUCAGUGAAAUUGCACACGAGAAUUCGUCUACGAUGUUCUGCCUAAAAGGGAGGAACAGCGGCGACGCGAAACUUAAAGAAAUGUUGAAGCAGGAUGAUUUCGGCUGGUGGUUGAACAACGAAGACAAUCUAAAGUCGCCCAGAACCGGUCGCAGUAAAGAUCGUCAAUCUGUAGGAUCGACCGAAUCGAUGUUCUCUUGCGUGGACUCUGACGAUAGCGACAGUUAUUUCCUUGCACAGGAAUUCAAACAAGAAUGUAACGACAAUUACGAAAAGAUAGAGCUAACGUCGUUAAUUAACGAGGAUUUGGACAUAAAUCUUAUCGAACAAGACGCGAUUGAAAACGACACGGACUAUUUCGCGCCAUUUCAAACGGAAGAUGAUGGGAUACGGUGCUCGACAGAUUUGAAGUCGCAGCAAUCGCACGGCAUAUGCUACACCCCGGAAAGGCUGGUCAGAUCUCAGAACUACCGGAUACUAACGCCUUCGCCUCGCUAUUUAUCCAUCUCUCAAGUGAGAGACAUGGCAGAAAAUCCAUGGAAAACGUCCUUGUGCCGCCGGGGAUUGAACUAUCUUAUCGACUCGAACCAAGAUGGUGCAAUGCAGCUGAAAGCUUUCAUGAAUCCCAAUCCGAAAGAGAUAGUGGUGCCGACGAUCGACUUGCAUCGUCGGAGAAAAUACGAACGUGUCUACAACAUUAGUAACGGGACGGUUGCUGAUAAAAACGAAACGAAAAAGGAAGAUGUGUCGAAUGGGGAAUCGAAUACGGAAAGCCCGAACAUGUUCGAUUGUUCGUUCAACAAGAGAUCAAUUUACGAGAGAUUAAACGACACGUGGGAGAGCCGCGACAAGUUGAGGACACGUAACUCUUUCAGUGCUUGCUCUGAAACGAGCCCGUUCGAAGACACGUCCAAUAUUCAGAGUAACGAUUGGACCUCCAACACGCACACUUUGAAUAUGCAAAGCUCUUCUCUCAGUGAUGAGUUGGCGACGACGAAUUACAAGAUUGAUGCCACACAGGGAAAAUGUUCUACCACCAACCAGGCAGUGUCAGUUUUCAAAGCGCUCGACACAAAUCCCGAGGAAGCUGCGGUCCUUCUCGAAGAAGAUCGUUUCUACGACAGCAUGUCUACGCACGAUCAAUUGACCAGGCUGGCCCUGGCAAUCGAAACGGACGAAAAUAUGUCGACGACCCUCGAAAAAGAACCUCUAAUUCAUCUUCAAAACAAAAUAAAGAAACUUCAAGAUAGCAACAAAGAUAUUUACAGAGAUAUAUCUGAUCUUCGGAAAAGCUUUCAAUGUGACGAAGAGAAAAUGGCAGAUAUUUUGUUCAAUACAAGUAAACUGCGACAAGAAGUACAUGAUCUGCGAUAUUUCGACGACCUUUUAAAUCUCUUACAGGGAGAAUUGGAAAGGAUCUCGAAAAGGAAUUGGCCAUUUGUUAUAGGACGUACAAAUAAUGAUUCGGAGGAAAUGAAUCUCAUCGUGUGAACGAUACAAAAUUAUUUCCACGGUAGCAUAUAACGAAAGAUUGUUUAAUAUUACGAAAUAAUACCUCGUUACUUAAAAAACACAAUUAAAUAUUUUUAUAAGAUACAAACACGCUAGGAGUGUUUUACUGCCAUUGUUAAUUCAUGAUGAAGUAAAAUUGAACUUAUAUAAUAAAUUUUGCAGUUUCUUCCGUACAACUGACUAGUAACAUAAAUUUCAAACAAUAUAGCAUAUAGUUGGUUCUACGAGAGAAAUUUUUUUCAUAAUGUUGUGUUAUCUAAUUAAAUGAUCAAUAAAUAAAAACGCGUAAAAUUUCUAUUAAAAUGAAUUUCUAUACUUUUGUU